CUGCUCAUAUGACUUCGAGUUUCGUGGUCAGAAAUUGUUCCAAGUACUACGAAAUCGAACGAUUUUCGUCAUAUUCUGUGAAUCUUGUUCGUUCGCGAAAAAUACAAACAUGCUCGGUAGAUUGAUCUCCGGUAUAUUCCAAUCCAUACCACGGACAGGCGUUUCGAGCCAGAUCACCGCUGCGAACGUAACACAAAUUUGGAACCCGUGGAGUCUGACGUCUGUGAGAAAUAUCGUGAGAUAUCACUUUCCUCACCCGAACGAACGAAAACGUAUCAAGAGACACGGUUGGUUGGCCAGGCUAAAAACACCAGGCGGCAGAAAAAUCCUCCAAAGACGAAUUUUAAAGGGCAAACAUGUGCUCAGUCACUGAUCACACACAUUACACAUGUUAUUUAUGCAAUUAAUAUGAGAACGUAACAACAAAUACACAUUUACUUGUUAGUCAA